CAUUCCACAUCGCAGUUUGCGUUUAGAUCACACCAAUGGCAGAAGAAUUCCCAACGAUGGAUUCGCAAGCAAGCUUCGCCAGGAGACGACCUCCCAAGAGCGACAAGCUCUUCCUCGAGGACUACUUCCACCUCCUUCACUCUCGCCAAUCGCUUCAUCUCACCAUGAAUCAACUCAACCAGGUCAUUCGCAUUCACGGCUUCAAGAAAAUCCACCACGCUGUCAAGAAGGUGUUGAUUGAUGCUGUGGAGUCGCUGGAUCUGGUGGAUCUUCCGCGAUCCACACUCUGCCAGAGCGUAUCGGCGUUCGCGGCCGUGUCGCUGGACGAGGCAGUGGCGGAUCUCGGCGAGCUGAACUGGCAGGAGUGCUGCGUCACCUCCGUCGAGACGCUCGGCUCCUACCACGGCGGCAGCGGCAGUGGCGGUGGCCAGAGCUCGCUUCCUACUGGCGUUUCCUCCGAUCAGAACCUUCAGCUCGCGAUUGUGCAGAGCCACGCUCACAGGACCAAAAGAAUGGGCGAGAUCUAUGGUGGUCUCGUCCUUGAAGCUUCAAGGAGGAGCAUGCCAGCGAAGAAAAUGGUGCCGAAGCGGAAGAGGAGCACCACUUACUCUGCCGCGUCAACUGUGGAUUCUGCUUCACUCGCUUCAUGCUGAAUGAAUUGACUCACGUCACGAUCGAUAUCUCUCGGUAUCUCUUUCUGUUUGAAUUGGAUUGAAGAAUAACUGUUUCACUCUAUUAAUUUGCACAUUCUAUUGCUAGUUUGCUACAUACUCAGGUUUCUAUUUCUCAAAUUCCUCUUUUUAUGUAGGGAUAAAUACUUAAGUGCAAAAAACAGUGUUCUCAAUUAGAGUAUGAAUGUGUAAUGUGCUAAUUCAAGAGUGGAUUUCAUACUUCAUAUUAGGUUUGGUGGGUUAUGGAAUCAAGCUAUUCUCUAGGCUUGUAAUUUCUUUUUUCAUAUUUGAAUUACAUAUAUCACUCUGAUUGAAUUGCCUCUCUAGCAUAAAUAAGUGGGUUUCUAUUGAUUCAUGUCCCUAA